CUAAAAACGUUAAAAACGAAAUGAAGCUUUUGAAUGAACACCUUUCGAUGGGCGAACACAACUCAACAUAACACCAGUCGCGGUUUAUGAAACUACUUCCGGGUCCACUGAAAGUUCGCUUCUGCUGCACAGGGCUUUUUGCAAAGGAGGGCUGCUGUCUGUCCUGUCGAGGCCCCCCCACCCCACAGCGUGAGCGCACCAUGGCGAGCCUCCUGCAUGUUGUGGCGACCAGCUGCUCGGCCCCCGUGUUCAGGAGUGUCUCCAGUGUGAAGGUGCACAGUGGCCCUGCCCUCAAAUCCACCUGCGUGCGUUUUUUUAGGACCCAUCAAACUCUCUGGCGGAGUUCCAGUCCAGGAAUCCCAUACAAGCAGCUGACAGUUGGAGUUCCCAAAGAAAUUUUCCAGAAUGAACGUCGGGUGGCGCUGUCACCAGCUGGUGUCCAGGCUCUCAUCAAACAGGGCUUCAACGUCGUUGUGGAGUCUGGAGCUGGAGAGUUCUCCAAGUUUCACGAUGAGCAGUACACUCAGGCUGGAGCAGCGAUUAAAGAUGUAAAAGAUGUGCUGUCCUCUGACUUGUUGGUCAAGGUCCGUGCUCCCAUAUAUAACCCGGCUUUGGGAAUUCAUGAAGUGGAGAUGAUGAAGGAAGCAGCGACCUUAGUCAGUUUCGUCUAUCCAGCUCAGAACCCUGACCUGAUGGACAUGUUGUCCCAGAAGAAAGCCACCGUCCUGGCUAUGGACCAGGUGCCUCGAGUCACCAUCGCUCAGGGUUUCGAUGCACUGAGCUCCAUGGCGAACAUUGCAGGGUACAAAUCCGUUAUUUUGGCAGCCAACAACUUUGGGCGAUUUUUCACCGGACAAAUCACAGCAGCUGGGAAAGUCCCACCUGCAAAGGUGCUGAUUAUUGGGGGAGGAGUAGCUGGUCUGGCAGCUGCUGGUACAGCCAGAGCGAUGGGAGCCAUCGUCAGAGGGUUUGAUACCAGAGCUGCAGCUUUGGAGCAGUUUAAGUCUCUGGGUGCUGAGCCGCUGGAGGUGGACAUUAAGGAGUCAGGAGAAGGCCAGGGAGGCUACGCCAAGGAAAUGUCAAAGGAGUUCAUAGAGGCAGAGAUGAAGCUGUUUGCCAAACAGUGUCAGGAAGUGGACAUUGUGAUAAGUACUGCUCUGAUCCCAGGUAGAAGGGCACCCAUCCUAAUCACCAAGCCGAUGGUAGAGAGCAUGAAGGACGGGUCAGUGGUGGUGGACCUGGCUGCUGAGGCUGGUGGAAACAUAGAGACUACAGUUCCAGGAGAGUUGUCUGUUUACAAGGGUGUGACCCACAUUGGCUACACAGACCUGCCCAGCCGUUUACCAACACAGUCCAGCACCCUGUACUCCAACAACAUCACUAAGCUGAUUAGAGCAAUCAGCCCAGACAAGGACAACUUUUACCUCGAUGUCAAGGACGCGUUUGACUACGGCACCAUGGAUCAUGUCGUCAGAGGAUCUAUUGUCAUGCAGAAUGGAAAGAACCUGUUCCCAGCUCCUCAGCCAAACAACGUUCCCAUCGCAGCUCCUCCUAAAUCCAAGACUGUCCAAGAACUGCAGGCGGAGAAGGCAGCGCAGAUCUCCCCCUUCAGGGCUACUUUAACCUCAGCUGGCAUGUACACUGCAGGUAUCUCCACCCUGCUGGGUUUGGGCUUGAUCGCUCCCAACGCCGCCUUCACUCAGAUCGUCACCACCUUCGGUCUCGCUGGAAUUGUGGGAUACCACACGGUGUGGGGAGUCACUCCUGCUCUGCACUCUCCCCUCAUGUCUGUCACCAAUGCCAUCUCAGGUCUGACAGCUGUGGGUGGUCUGUCCCUGAUGGGGGGGGGCUACUUGCCUUCUAGUACUGCGGAGACGCUGGCCGUGCUCGCUGCCUUCAUCUCCUCAGUCAACAUUGCUGGUGGUUUCCUGGUAACCCAGAAGAUGUUGGACAUGUUUAAACGUCCCACCGAUCCUCCGGAGCACAACUACCUGUACCUGCUUCCUGGUGGAGUCUUCGUCGGAGGCUAUGCUGCUGCUCUGCACUCUGGAUACAACAUUGAACAGAUGAUGUACUUGGGCUCAGGCCUGUGUUGUGUCGGUGCCCUCGCUGGCCUUUCUAACCAGACCACGGCUCGGCUGGGAAACGCUCUGGGCAUGAUCGGAGUGGCGGGGGGCCUGGCUGCCACUCUGGGGGCUCUCAAACCCAACCCUGAGCUCCUGGCACAGAUGAGUGCAGCCAUGGCUGUAGGUGGCAGUGCUGGCUUGGCCAUUGCUAAGAAGAUCCAGAUCACUGACUUGCCCCAGCUGGUGGCAGCGUUCCACAGUUUGGUUGGACUGGCUGCCGUGCUCACCUGUGUGGCUGAAUAUAUGAUCGAGUACCCCCACUUCGCCACGGAUCCUGCAGCUAACCUCACUAAGAUUGUCGCCUACCUUGGUACCUUCAUUGGUGGAAUCACUUUCAGUGGCUCUCUGGUGGCAUACGGCAAGCUACAAGGUCUGCUGAACAGCGCUCCUCUGAUGCUCCCAGCUCGUCACGCUCUCAACGCCACUCUCCUGGCGGGUAGCAUUGGUGGGAUGGUUCCCUACUUGCUGGAUCCGAGCUAUACCACAGGCAUGACUUGCCUCGGAUCAGUUUCUGCUCUCUCUGCUAUUAUGGGCGUAACAUUGACGGCUGCCAUCGGAGGUGCUGACAUGCCAGUGGUCAUCACCGUACUCAACAGUUACUCAGGCUGGGCUCUGUGUGCGGAGGGCUUCCUGCUAAAUAACAACCUGCUCACCAUCGUGGGAGCCCUCAUCGGGUCAUCUGGAGCCAUUCUGUCCUAUAUCAUGUGUGUGGCUAUGAACCGUUCCCUGGCUAACGUGAUCCUCGGAGGUUACGGCACAUCUUCCACCGGUACAGGAAAGCCCAUGGAGAUCACGGGAACGCACACAGAGGUCAACGUGGACCAGACUGUGGAAAUGAUCAAAGAGGCGCAGAAUAUCAUCAUCACUCCAGGUUAUGGACUCUGUGCAGCAAAGGCGCAGUACCCCAUCGCUGAGUUAGUAAAGCUCCUGAAGGAUGCUGGCAAGAAAGUCAGGUUCGGCAUUCACCCAGUAGCAGGUCGUAUGCCCGGUCAGCUUAACGUCCUGCUGGCCGAAGCUGGUGUCCCAUAUGACAUUGUUCUGGAGAUGGAUGAGAUCAACGAGGACUUCUCCGAUACUGACCUGGUUCUGGUAAUUGGUGCCAACGACACGGUGAACUCGGCCGCACAAGAAGACCCCAACUCCAUCAUAGCUGGCAUGCCAGUGUUAGAGGUCUGGAAGUCCAAACAGGUGGUGGUGAUGAAACGUUCUCUGGGUGUGGGAUACGCAGCUGUGGACAACCCCAUCUUCUACAAACCCAACACUGCAAUGUUGUUAGGAGAUGCAAAGAAGACGUGUGACGCCCUGCAAGCCAAGGUCCGCGAGUCCCAGGGCCAGUAACGUGUCUCUGAAUCAAAGAUCAAAUCAAGUUUUCUAAAAACAAUCAAAAGGAAGUCCAGUGUUGUCCACAAACAGAGUUAUGGUGAGACACGAAGUUAUUGGCAAUCCCUUCCUAGGAUCUUAAAAUAAAAGAAAAUUGGUUGAACAUGUACGCCUCUAGACCCCAUACAGAGGAGAUACUGUAUAUUUAUUUCUCACAAAUCUAACAUAAAUACAGAUGUUUUUAGAAACUUCUUUUAUUUUCAGGUUUGAGAGGAAGAGAUCAGAGCCUUUCAGCAGAGCUGGGCAGCUGUUAGUCAUGUGUAUUAAUGUAAAAAAGACUAAAAACAAUCAGGAUUGUAGGAGAAUAAAGUGUUAGAUAAUUCAGUUAUAGUUUAGUAAAGAGAUCACACGAACAGUAGAUGACUUGAAACCAGACUUACUUCAGUCUGAAGCACCAACAGUUUUCUUUCAUCCUCCUUUUUUAGUAAUUUGAUGUUUUCCUCGCAAUAAAUCCACCUGCUUGUGAUGUUUUUCUUUAAACACAAAAAGGACAAAAAUCACAAGCGUGGUAAUGCUUCUGGAAAGUUCUUUCCAUUCCAGUUUUACGCUGCAUCGGAAGAUUUUGUAUUUGGUCUUAAAACGUUCACAAGGUUGGAAACUUUUGACUGUAAAUGUGAUAAACUCAGCGACGCCUCAAGGACCACUCAAACGUAAAAUAACUUGAGACAACACUUAAAACACGUCAGUAAAGACACUUAAAAUGAUCAAUUCUCUUAAAUAAUUUAGGUUUUUUUUACCUCUUCAAUCAUUCUAUGGCUGUCAGAUAUUCCAGUCGAUGGUUGAUUUUUGUUUCUUCUUUAAGUGAAUGUGACCUAGCCACUCCUGAGUGUGUCCCCAUUUCUGCUCUGCAGGAAAAUGAAGGAACACCGUUUAUAAAGUCGGGCCAAUUUUAAACUGAUUGUCAUGUAGGAACCUAGACUGUAACAUGUAGGUAUUGUCUUCCUUUAAGCUUCUAACCAUCGUGUUGUGCCAAGCCCUUUUCCUUCUACAUUAACUUGGUUAGAUUUAUGGUUUGGCUCUUGUUGGGACCCGUGAGGUAGUUUAAGAACAAGCUAUCUGUUUUUAUCAACCGGGUUUGUUUUACUCUAUAAAACUGCUGAUACAGAUACUGUAGGAAGUUACUGAUUACAGUUUCACCCCCGGACCUGAUACAUUGACCAGGAUAAAUACCUUUCCAUUAAAUGACCAAUGUUUUGCCAUAGAAACACUUUUCACCUUCUUGGCUCAACCACUCAGUUUCCAAAUCAGGACCAAUAAAGACUGUUUUCUGUUUUAUUUCCAGACCAGGGUGGUUUCCUAAAGAGUAUUCAGCUCUGACUUACUGUAUUCUUUAGAUUUCUGGCAUUUCUGAUCAAAUGAUAAAAGGAAGAUGAAGUAAAAGUUGCAUUCCAUCAGUACGCGCCCUUGUGUUCCUAGAAGACAGUAUUUUUAUGAGGCUUUAAAAGGUUUUAGAGGUUUCAUGGCACCUUGUAAGGAAGAUGAUGGAUUGUGAAUUUGUUUUUCCUAUUUUGUUUGUCGUGGAACAUUUUCUUCCCUAAUAAAUCUGUAUUUAGACCAAA